GGGGGCGGGAGAGAGAGAGAGGGAAUCGGCUUUUUUCUUUCCAGAGGGCUUUCAAAGAUUUCAACGAAGCAAAGACUCCUUUAUUUUUUGUUUUCCCAUAGAGAUAUCUCAUGGCCCCUGGUUUUCCUUUCCUCCUCUCCUUAUAUAUAACCUCUCUCCUUUCUUCCCUUUGUCUUCCACCAAAAACCACCGAUUCUCAUCUCCUUUUGAAGAUUCUUCUAACUAGAAGAUCGAAGCGAAGCUUGUCUGUACAUACACACACAUCUCGAUUGAUGGUCGAGAUCUGUGCAUUACGAAGAUUUUUGUUUUUUUGCUCGUUUUUUUUUUCCCGGUUUGGUUGCUGGUUUUCUCGUUUUCUGGCUGCUGAAUUCGAGAUCUAGGGUUUUUUUUUGGUCAGAAAUGGGGAAUUGAAGGUGGGUUUUUGCUGAUUUCUGGUGGAAUUUGAGGAUUUUAACUUCGGAUUCGAGAUCCAGAGGCUUGUUCUGGUGAUAAAGGAAAAUUUCAGGUAUUUUUGCUGGUUUUUGGUGAAAUCUUGGGAUUUUAAGCUUCGGAUUCAAGAUCUGGUGGCUUAUACUGGCGUGAAAUGGAGAUUUGGAGGUGUUUGUUUUGCUGAUUCUGAUGAAAUCUGAGGGAUUUAGCCUCGGAUUUAAUAUUUGAUUCUUUUGAUAUACAGAGACGGUUGGUUCUAUCCUAGUCGUGGAUUUUCUGGCGGGGUUUUGAAGCUUGCGGUUCUGACGAAGAUUUCUGUAUCAGGAACAGAAAAUCUUUAUCGUUUUUUAACCUACAUGGUCUGAAUAUUUCUUAGACCGGAGGUUUUCUGCAGUUGAAACCCGAGAUUCAUCCGAUUGCGAGGUUUAGAUUCAUGAUCAGCUGCUUCUGAGCGGAAGUAAGGUUUUGAGGCCUUUUAUCUUGUGAAAUCCUUGCCGAUUGUCAGAUUCCAGUAAAUCUGAAGUUGGAAUCGACGGGAAUUUGCAUUUUCUUGGUGCACCUCUUCUUUGUUUGUUUCAAUGACGAAAGCCGAAUCGAGCUUUGUUGAUGAGGAGAGAGAUACACUUAGACAUGUGGAGAAGAUCAUUAGGAAGAAAUGUUGCAGAAAAAGGAAGAAACGUUGCAGAAAAAGGGCGAAGCGUCAUGUUCCAUUGACGGUAGUUCAGAAGCUUUACAAUGUGUGUAGGCAGGUAUUCAAAGGGCCUGGGACUGUUCCUCCGCCUGAAGAUGUGCAGAAGCUGCAGCUUAUUCUCGAUAAAAUGAAACCAGAAGAUGUUGGACUAAGCAGCGAUCUGCUUUUCUUCAAGGCUAAAAGCGUUGCCAAAGGAACUCCAAGAAUCACAUGCACAACAAUAUACAAGUGCGAGGACUUUUCACUGUGUAUAUUCUUCCUGCCGUCAUCAGGCGUCAUCCCUCUCCAUAACCACCCAGGGAUGACUGUUUUCAGCAAGCUGCUUCUAGGAUCAAUGCACAUCAAAGCAUAUGAUUGGGUUGAUCUGGCUGAAUCAGACAACUCCGCGCCAUCAUCUCAAUUGAGAUUGGCAAGGUUGGAAAUGGACCAAGUCUUCACGGCCCCUUGCAAUGCUUCCAUACUCUAUCCGUCUGCAGGAGGCAACAUCCAUGCCUUCACAGCUGUGACACCAUGUGCGGUGCUCGAUGUGUUUGGACCGCCUUACUCGAAGGAUGAUGGCCGCGACUGCACCUACUACAGAGAUUUGCCAUGCUCUGGCUCUUUGGAUGGUGCCCAUGAAGCAAAAGAAGGCAGCGGCUCAUAUGCAUUGUUGGAGGAGAUUGUGAUGCCGAAGGACUUGAAAAUGGACCCGGUAGAAUACAGGGGCCCACAGAUCGUGGAGAGUUGAUUGAAGCAGCGGCCAACAGGAAAUAUGUUUUUAUUUUUUAUUUUUUGCUUUUUGAUGUGUUGUUUAUAUUCUCAGAUUCAGUGUAGAUUUGUUUUUACCUUUUUCAAUUCGUCAUUUUUUUUUUUGUUCUUUUGGUA